ACGAGACAACAGCAGAACCAACAUACAAGACAACAGAAGAACCAAGAGCUAAACCAACAGCAGAACCAACAUCAGAACCAACAGCAGAACAAACAUAUGAGACAACAGCAGACGCAAGAGCAGAACCAACAUACGAGCCAACACCAGAGCCAACAGCAAAAGCAACAGCAGAGCCAACUGCAGAAGCAACAGCAGAACCAACAUA